GCGAGGUCAAAGUGGCGGCCACGUGACGCACAUUGUGGCUGUUAAAAGAGCACGCAGCAAACGUGUACCUGUAGAUGUUUUUCUUCCCACUAGGAGCUUGAGGAGAGAGAGAGAGACCGCGAAAACCUUCAACAAAUCCAGACCUCCCCAAGUAACGUUACACGCAGCAAAACAUCCCAGUUUUCAUCAUGGCGCUGGAUGGAUGUGGCCUCUUCUGCAAGUAUACCCUCUUCAUUUUCAACGCUAUCUUUGCGUUGGUGGGCUUUGCCUUUUUGGGUCUCGGCUUGUGGCUGAGGCUCAGCGACAGCACCAGAGGCAUCUUUCAAAUCGAGGACUUCAACUCAAGUGCAUUUGUUAUCGCUGUGACUGUACUGAUUGCUCUGGGCUCAGUGAUGCUGAUUGUGGUGGUGUUUGGAGACUACGGUGCCUGCAAUGAGAAAAGAUGUGCUCUGCAAGUGUUCUCCGCCCUUCUGACCAUUCUGGCAAUGGCUGAAAUUGCUAUUGGAGUGGUUGCUUAUUCCAGUAAGGAACGGGUUGGACUGCACAUUGUGGAGUUCUACGGUAGCCUGUAUGCUCUGUAUUUGAGUAGCGGAGACCCAGUCAUUGGUGCCACUCUCACAUUCAUCCACAAAAUGCUUCAUUGCUGUGGAGUGACCGGCGUCGUGGUGAUAGAGUUGGCCAAAAACACCUGUCCCAAAGCAGAUGGGUUUUGGGAGCAGAUCAAGCAGCCUAAUUGUCCUCUGAUCAUCGCAGAUGUCUUUAACAGUAAAGCAGCACUGGUGAUGGGCAUCUUUGUCGGAACGGGAGUUCUUUUGAUCACAGCCCUGGUCUGCACCACUAUCCUCCUGAAACAGACCAAGAGAAGCCAGCAGGAGGUCACUGCGUACUACACCACGGUGUACUAACAAGACGAUUGGGUUUUCAACCCUUACCCUCCUCUGCCUCAACGAGGACCAUCGCUGGAAUUCAGGCUUAACCAGCAAACAAAUGUUUACCGAUUUGUUUUUUUAACCACUGAACUAGAAUAGUGUUUAAGUGACUGUUUUUAUCCUAAAACAUCACACUGCUAAUAAUUUCACCCAUUGUGAGCAGGGCUGUUGACAACCAAUGUUUUAUUGUGCUUUUGCUUUAAUAACCAUGCAGUAACUCUUGGUGAAACGGAUGUUGUUUAUAAUUGGCUAUUCAUCUGCUGUCACAGCUAGACAGCCACUGUGGUUUCGCUGACAGGCCUCUACAUCAUUGUGGGCAUGCGAUAAGUAAUCUGGGGAUGAGAGCGACACGUCUGUUUAGUAACAAACUGUUAAAGGGACCUUUUGCUUAAAAUGGAACUUCCACGUCUGUUACAUUUUAGCAGUUUUGUACUGUAAUGACACCGCUGCAGAAGUUUGGGUUUUUGUCUUCAUGUGAAAGAGUUAAAACCUCACUGAGCCACUGGUAGAUAUAUCAAUGUUUGAACUAAUAUUCUAUGUAGAAAUGAAAAAGGGAUAAUUUUCUAGUCUUCAUUUAAGCUCGUCCCAUGUUUAAGGUGUGGCCCUGAAUCAUCACAGCAGCCUUAAGCAUGUUGGGGAGAAAUGACUCAACAGUUACCUCUUACUUCACUUUGUUGAUGCCAAUUUAUUUUAUGCUAUAGGAGAAGUAAUGGUACAUUGGUAAAUGAGUAAUUUAUCCUUUGCUGUAGCUUUGUAUAAGUUGCAUUCCAGUUAAUUCCUUCUUUUUUAUGAUUGUCCAGAAGACCACAGAACUGGUCAGAAAACAAAGUCAAAGGCCUUCUUUAGUGUGACAAAUAUGCUGCAGGCUUUCCUCUGUCACUGUUGGGGUGGUUAAACUGACUUUUGCUGAGCUGUGAAGCCUUCCUGUUAACUGUUUGAUGCAGAGGAAACACCGUGCCGGUAACAGACAGUUAACAGUUUUUCCAUUCCCUUGUGUUCCUGCCAAAAUCUCGUGUGACACUUAGUGAAGUACACUUAGUGGCCUGUUUUUGUAUUGCUUGUUUUCAUUCUCUGCACUCUGUAGCAGUAACUAUUGCACUAUGUUGUCUUUAAGUUCAUAUGUUUUUAAAUAAAUAUUUCAUAGGGAUUUCCCCCUCUUUUUCCACAAA